UUUUUUCAAUGAGCCGCCAUAUUAGGAAGCCAACCCCCUCUUUCAUUCGUUGAAGAUAGGGUUUGCUUCCAGGACAGUUUCCCGAAGUGCCGGUCUUUGCUGAGCGCUUGAAACCUCUCGUUACACCUGCACAGGCGGUAUCCGGGCUCGGUUUGUUUACUGUCGUUCAUACGGGUUAUUUAACGACUCUUUCACAAUGGCGACUGCAACCCCGACCAGCCAGAGAAGCACGUGCGGCAGCGGCACACCGCUGAGCCCGACCAGAAUAACCCGACUGCAGGAGAAACAGCAGCUCCGGGACCUCAACGACCGCCUGGCCGUUUACAUCGACAAAGUCCGCAGUUUGGAGUCUGAAAACGACGUGCUGCACUUGCAAAUUAACGAGAAGGAAGAAGUGAGGAGCCGAGAGGUAACCGGACUGAAAGCCCUUUACGAGACCGAGCUAGCCGACGCCAGGAGGUGUUUGGAUGACUCCUCCAAGGAGCGGGCCUGGCUGCAGAUCGAACUGGGAAAGAUCAGAUCCGAGCAUGAGCAGCUGCAGCAGAAGUAAGCCCCUAACACUUUAAUCACGUUACA